UGAAAAUGUCAACAGUAUAUUCUCGACCAUUGCUAAAUACAGGUGACAAACUAGAACUAAACAAUGACUUUGCAUACAUAUAGUGAUACGUAGCAUUAAGGGAAGGACACGCAAUGCCUAGACAUUUUCCAUGUUAAUGCCAUAAACGAGUAGUUAUACAGAAGAGAAACUAUGUCAAAAAUACGAUCAGCCGGGAUGUCGGCCGAGCCAGAACAGCGGGAACCAUUGUUACUUGACAGUGACUCGGAGUUUGUCAGUUAUUAUGACGAACAGGAUAUAAGAAAAAGGGUGACAAAGAAAGACAAGAAAUCCAGAACACAGUUUUGUUUGUUUGUGGUCUGCGCUGUACUGGUGAUUAUUCUGCUGGCGGUAGGGCUGUUUUUCCUGACAAAUAACACAUCGCCUGGAGUGCCGACACUAAAACCGUCGCCGUCCAUCCUCGGGAAAUAUAAACAUGCAGCUCUGGCUACCGAUCACUCGAUAUGUUCUGAAAUCGGCAGAACAAUUCUGGAGAAACAAGGUGGGAGUUCUGUUGAUGCAACUAUUGCUGUACAGAUCUGUUACUCAGUCAUCCAACCCCAGAGUAGUGGAAUCGGCGGCGGCUUCUUCAUGGUCGUGUAUAACAGGACAAGUCGGGAGUCGACCUCAAUCGAUGCCCGCGAAGUUGCACCACUUGCGGCCUCAGAGGACAUGUUUGUAGACAAACCAGGGGAGUCAGAAGUCGGCGGCAAGUCCAUAGCGGUUCCCUCAGAGAUCCAUGGAUACAAGAAAGCUCAUGACAGAUUCGGACGACUACCCUGGUCCGCCCUGUUUGCGCCCUCCAUCAAGCUCUGUAUGGACGGGUUCCCCGUACCUCAACACCUGGAAGACUAUUGGAUCAUGGAGCGAAACAAACUUGCAAAGGAUCCAGAUACAUUUAAAACCUAUACUGACCCUGCUACCGGAGACUUUUACAAAGCUGGCGAGAUCAUUAAACUUCCUGCAUUGGGAAAGACCCUACAAACCAUUGCAACGGAGGGGGCAGAAAGUUUCUACUCGGGGAACCUGUCCAAAAACAUUCUACUGGACCUCAAGGAGAAAGGUUCUCUGAUCACCGCCCAGGACCUGCUGGGAUACCAGACCCUGAUGAGUAAGAGCUUACAGUCGAGUAUGAGGGACGGCAGCACACUAUACUCCCCCGGGGCCCCGUCUGGGGGAGCCAUACUCAUCUUUAUCAUGAAUAUCUUAGAUGGUUAUGAAAUUGCUUCAGGAAAAGAUUGGAAAAAAGAAGACAAACUUCUUGCUUUUCAUCGUGUGACCGAGGCAUUCAAGUUUGCGUAUGCCAAACGCACGGACAUGGGAGACCCAAAAUUUAUCAAGCAUGUUGAUGGUCUGGUAGCCAACCUCACCUCUAUGGACUAUGCAGAUGCUAUCCGUAAGAUGAUCUGGGACAACGCCACCCACGACUGGCCUUAUUACGGGCCUACAUACUACGACAAGUACAAAACAAGCACUGCACACGCAUCCAUUGUAGGCAACGACAACUUGGCAGUGGCUGUUACUACGACAGUCAAUCUAAGGUUUGGAUCUGGUGUUAUGGGAUCAAGAACAGGAAUAUUGUUUAACGACGAAAUGGAUGAUUUCUCAACACCAAAUAAGACAAACUUCUUCGGUGUUGCUCCAUCACCGAGUAAUUUCAUUAGGCCAGGCAAACGUCCUGUGUCAUCCAUGUGUCCCGCCAUUCUUAUCACAAAAGACAACAAAAUUAAGAUGGUCGUAGGGGCAGCAGGUGGAACACGAAUCACCACGGCAACAGCCUACGUGAUGACAAAUAUUCUGUGGUUUGGUGACACUGUAAAACAAGCGGUGGACUACCCUCGUAUACACCAUCAGCUGUUACCUCCAGAAGUGUCUUACGAGCAAGGUUUCCCAGAGUACUACGUGAACGGUCUGAGGGAGCUGGGACACAACGUGACCCUGUCCAACUCUAAAUCUAUAGUGAAUGCAAUCACAGGUGACGGUAGCUGGUUCUAUGCCAACAGUGAUUACAGGCGCCCAGGCAGCAAUCCUGAUGGGUUUUGAGAUGGAAUUAUAAUUUG